AUCGAGGAUUGCGACUCUGUACCGGAAAUGAAAGAAUAUCUGAUGAAAUAGUUGAAAAGCUUGCGCGUGUAAGUAAUCUGGAGUCUGCGAAAAAAGAAGUUCUUACAACUGGAACAGUCAAAAACUUUAAAACAACUGUCAACGUGGUUCCAGAAGACAAGUAAGCUCUAGUCAGUACAUUUGAUUGAAAAUUAGUAGCCGCAAACAUGGAUUUGAAGAAGAUUGAGGAAAACCCUGUAGAAAUGUUGAACUCGAAGAAGGUCAAAAUUCCAAUUGAGGAGAAUUCUGUGCCUGCAACCAUAGAAGGGUCUUUGGGUGGUGCUAAGGAUGAACCCAAAGAGUCAACCGAGAAGCCACUUGCCUUGAUGCAAGAGACCAUUACUCAAGGAAAGAAAGCCCAGGGGGCUGAGUCCGAUGUCGAUGUUAAACCAAUAGGUGACACCUCCGUAAAGAUAAAAGAAGAGAUGGAUCCUGAAGCUGUUGUAGAAGAGUCUUUGGGUGGUGCAAAGGACGAACCCAAAAAGUCAACUGAGAAGCCACGUGACUUGAUGCAAGAGACCAUCACUCAAGGAAAGAAAACCAAGGAGGCUGACUCCGAUAUCGAUAUAGAGUCAAUAGCUGACAUCUCCGCAAAGAUAGAAAAAGAGGAGGAGCCUGAAGCUAUUGUAGAGAAGUCUGUGGCUGCAACCGUAGAAGACUCUUUGGGUGGUGUUAAGGAAGAACCCAAGAAGUCAAUCGAAAACACACGUGGCUUGAUGCAAGAGACCAUUACUCAAGGAAAGAAAGCCAAGGAGGCCGAUUCUGAUAUCGAUAUUGAGUCAAUAUCUGGCACCUCCAAAAGCGAGAAUGCAAAUCAGUCUGCUCAAUCGGCCAACAAGGAAGCCGCAAUGACUUCUGAAAAGAAAGCAGCUAAUGAAGGACGUCCCACUAGAUGGAAGCGUGUUCUCCAGAGUUCUGGGAGCCAUUUCGAUCAAGAGAAGGAAAAGCAACACUUUAAGAAACGCAAGAUCCACCCCAAGGACGAAGCUGGCGGCACAAAACAAUUGGAACAUGUUACAAAAGGGGUUGAAUCUAAAAUCAACCAGUUACCGAAGACGGUAUCUGAACCGGGAUAUUUUCAAAUCACCCGUCGUAAGAUCAUUACCAUAAGUCGACGUGAACUGGAAGGUCUGGCCAUGAAAUCCAUGGUCGAUGAAAAGAAGGCCAAGUGUGAUGCCGCGAACAUCCGCAAACUGUGGGUGGAUACCAAGAACAAAAAGGCCACAUAUGACCGUAAGGUCAGCGAGAUGUUGAAGGGUAUAUCCGAACUGCAAAAGGGUGAUACCAAAGUCGUGGCACGCGGCGCUCCGUCACGUCCAUAUCAGGCUACCGUCCAAGAUGUAGCCUCAACCUCGGGCAGUAAGCUGUCGGCAUCCAGUGGAAUCUCUCCCAAAUCCCAGCUUGUGUUCCGACCCAUAGCACUGUAUCCAGUUCCGAAAUGUGUCACAAAAGUACGCCCCGCUCCCUCAGUGCACAACUCAUCUGCAGGAGGCAGCAAAGUUGGAUCCCUUGGUCCAAAACGAAACUCCAUAGCGCCGCUAGGAGAGGCCAUUGAGAAUGCAAUCAAGUUGAUGAAUAAGAAAUCUGGAGUGGAGGCAGAUCCGCCAAAGGGCUCCACUAAUGCGAACCCUCUCCUGGGCCAGGCCGCCACAGAUGCCGUGAAGGAGACUGCCAAGCUAAAAGUUGAGGGUCCGAAGGCCCUCUAAGACGCCAAGACGGUUCUAAACAAUGAAGAUCAGAUAACACCAUGGAACACAAUCGUGCGCCACAGAUCCUAUCUUCCUCGUUCCCAUAAUUUUCAUCAAUUAAAAGCCGAAUUCCUUUGAUUUGUUUAAACAAAAAACACACGAAACAUCACUUAAUCAACACACCAAUUGAAAAUGUCAUAUUUGUUUGAUUUGAGAAACAUUUUAGUUCCACUUUUUAAGAAAAUACAGUAAGGGAAAUGAUUAUGAUCUGAAACGCUAUACAUCAUUUCCGAUCCCAUCUUUGAGAUCAGGAUAACACCAUGGACUACAAUCGUGCGCCACAGAUCUUAUCUUCCUCGUUCCCAUAAUUUUCAUCAAAUAAAAGACGAAUUCCUUUGAUUUGUUUAAACAAAAUA